UGUCUCUUAUAGAAACAUGCACUUUUACUCACUCCUGAGUUCUUUAAUUCUCUUUGUGUUACUCCUCUGUAUCUCAGAUUCUGAGAGCCUGAAGACACUGAAGAAUUUAGCUGUAAAACGUGGAGGAUCUCUCACUAUUCCAUGUUUUUAUGAUGAGAAAUACAAAUCAAACCGUAAAUACUGGUGUAGGGGGUAUUACUGGUCCCUCUGUAAAAUAGUAGCCUAUACAAACAUAAGUGGAAAAACAUCAGUUACUGAUCAUCCAAGCCAGAAUAUGUUUACUGUUGAACUGAAGAGCCUCCAAGACUCUGACUCUGGAUAUUAUUGGUGUGCUGUGGAAAUUGGUGGGAAAGAGACCCCUGAUGACAAGGAUUAUUUAUACCUAACGGUCAGUUCAGAUCCUGCUGUGUCUGUGACAAACAGCAGUGUGAGUGGUCAGGAAGGGGGCAGUGUCAGUGCCCAGUGUCUCUACAAUGCUGAAUAUCAGAAUAAACAGAAGAACUGGUGCAGAUUCAAAGACGGGAGCUGCUUCACAGCAGAGAGGACUAACACAUCCCAGAAUUCAGCAGUGCUGGUCACUGACUAUGGAAAAGGAUCUGUCAGUGUGGAGAUGAGUGGUCUGAAGAAGAGUGAUGCUGGCUGGUACUGGUUCAGUGCAGGAGAUGUGGAGCUUCCUGUUCACCUCACUGUCACUGAAAGACCUUCAAAUUCUACAGCUGUGACUGAAAAUAAAGAGACAACAGCAGCAGAGCUCAAUGGAAACACUGGGCUUAUCUGGGUUCUACUGACUGUAGGCCUAGGGCUGCUGCUGACUCUGGCCACCAUUAUAACCUGGAUGCUGAGAAAAAAGUGCUAUGGAAAUCAAACAGAGACCAGAGCAAGGGUCAGUAGCACUGCAGUUCAUACAACAAUUACAACUGAAAGCCCGGUGAUAUACAGUGCUGUGAUUUCUGAGAAUAAAAAGCUCUCUCAGGCAAUCAGAGAUGAUGGGGUGAUCUACAGCUCUGUGGUUUCAGAGUAAGAUGUGAGAGGCAGCAUCCUGUCAUGGUACCACGGUGGAAUUCACUGAGCUCCUGAGAGCGACCCAAACAGCAGUCUGCAUGCCUGGGUGCUUGGUUUUAUACACCUGUGACCAAGGAAAUGAUUGGAA